AUGUGGCAAGUGUUUCGCCUUUCCAUUUGUGCUCUUUUCAACCACAAAUUUCCCCUUCACCUCACCCUUCCCUCACUCCAGCGAUUUGUGCUCUUCGUCUGGGGAACGACACAGUUAUACCGACUGGCGGAGACCAUGUCGGAUGAGAGCGCUUCGAGGCGUCUCUGCGCCCUCAAAGACUUGAAUGUCAGUUUUGUGGUCACGGACCCUAAACAGCAGGACAAUCCCAUAGUAUAUGUCAGCGAUGCCUUUCUGGAACUGACGGGUUACACCCGUAAGGAGGUGCUUGGACGAAAUUGCAGAUUCCUUCAGGGUCCGGGGACUGAUAGAGGAGCAGUUGUGAAGAUACGUGAUGCUAUUAGGAAUGAAGUGUCAUGCCAGGUUCAGAUUUUGAACUAUACAAAGGACGGUACUCCAUUCUGGAACCUUUUCCACAUAACUCCUGUUCAUAUGGGUCCGAAACAUGUGCUCGAGCAUUACAUUGGCGUGCAGACUUGUUUGCCUGCUCGAUUUGAAGUUUCUGAGGAGGCCACAACAACAUUGGCUUCUGGGCAGAGCCCAUCUCUUGACGAUGCAAGUGCUGGUGCUGCACGAAUCGGCCAAAAUGAUGGUGGCCCGCGUUUUCAAGAAUAUGAGUCGCUUGCUCGCCUAUCAGCCGAGCUUGCUUCGAAUAAGUGGGCCUCUUUUUGUGAGCUCCUUCAGAGCUCGUUACCCGCUCAGAGAAAUGCAGGUCCUGAGACUGCAGGCACUUCGGUUGACUCGGUUUCUCAGCUUCCAGGAACGCUUCAGACAUCGCUGGCAAGAAUUCAUCAAUGCAUUGUACUGGUAGAUGCCACAAACUCAGAGUAUCCCAUCGUCUAUGCAAGCAAGCCCUUCUUAAGAAUGACAGGUUAUUCUUGGCAAGAAGUGGUGGGAAAAAACUGCCGCUUCCUUCAAGGUCCAGAGACUAACCCGGACCAUGUCCAAGAGCUUCGGGAUGCCAUACAUGGGAGCAGGUCAUGUUCUGUGAAUAUCCUCAAUUACAGAUACCCUACUUUUAAUCCCUGUGCAGAAAGGAUGGUUCGAAGUUCUGGAACCUACUGCAUGUAUCGCCAGUCAGGUCCUUUGAUGGAAAAAUUCACUUCUAUUGUGGUGUCCUGA